UGCUAAACCAGCUAGACUGAAAAAAACGACUUUUUUUUUUUUCAGACCAUUUGAACGGAAAAUCUCCAGUCCCCCCCCCAUCCUUUUCUCCCAAAUAGUCCGAUCCAACCCUAGAGGGGAAAGAGGGAGGGAGGGUGAGACAGCUGAUCAGUGCUGUGGCAUUCUGAGUUUAGAGAACUGAGAGAGAGAGAGAUUGAGGAAGCUGACAUAAGAGGAAGAAGCAGUAACCGACUGUGAAGAACCUACAGCCUGAAGAGUUUUAAUACCUUUAGGAAGAUAAAUAAAACAAGAGAAUGUGUUCGAAUGAAAGAUAUAUAGAAUAAGAUAGAUAGAGAGAGAGAGGGACUUGACAUCAAAAGAAGAAAACAUCGUGAGAAGAAGAUAGUGGCAUGAAACGUGACUCAAGUGCCACGUGAAGUUUCCUGCUGAUGAAAAAACAUCUCAUGAAGGAGAGAGAGAGAGAAACACAGGGGUAAGCAAGAUUAAAAUAAGAGGACGGAAAUUUUAAGAAGCAAGGAAUUGCAAUGAAACGCGACCUGAGGACGUAGGAGGAUAGAAAGAGAUUAAGAGGAAAAGAGAGAGAGAGAGAGAGAGAGAGAGAGAAGCUCGGCUCUGGAUCCGUGAAGACGUGCGUGUUUUUAAGAAGAGAUGUCGUGGCUGUCGCCUGUGCAGUGGGCCAAAUGGACUUGGUCUGCCAUGAAAGGAGCAGGAGAGGACGAGCUAGAGGAGAACGGCGUCCAAAACAGGGAGAUGGAAGAAGACGACGAGGAAGAGGAGAGAUCUCAGAGCUUCAGCUCGGAUUCAGAAGGUCAGUUCGAGACGCCUGAGACGGAGUCACCUGUCCAUCAACCACUAGCUCCACCCACAACACACAUCACAGAAGAAGACACUGUGUCCAUCACCGUAACAUCAGAACUGCAACCUACAAACCAGGACAAGUGUCCAAAUCCACAGACCGAUGAUUUGGACUGUAACGGCCUCCUUCCAAAAAUUCUGAAGAUGAAAUCUCCUCUCAUUCCUGAAUCCACAGAUGUGGAACCAGUCAUCACACCCAGUCCUGUCAACAUGGAUGAUAUUCCUCUUUCCAAAAAUCCGUACGCCUUCGAACUGGAAACAAAAGUUCAGGAUGAAGACGAUACCGGAUCUCAGAAACCAGGAAGUAAACUGGAACCUGAUCAAAAUAUGAAACCCACAGAACCAGAACCGGGACGUGACUUGGACGAUGUUCCUUUACCUGAAAACUUACACAGUUUAGAACAGACAUCUGGAUUCCAAGACAAUGAUGGAGAGUGCAAAAAAUCUCCAACUCAGAAACGAGGAAACAAACCUGGAAGCAAAUCAACAUCUAAAAAACAGAAGCCCAAAGCGACGGUGGGAGAAAACGACACACACACACCUCUAAACGUGGACGACAUUCCUCUCCCCAAAACAUCCUACAAUUUUGACCCGAGCCAAUGGGACGACCCUAAUUUUGAUCCGUUUGGAGGGAAAAACAAAGUCCGGAAUUCUCCGACACUCCCGAAAGCGUCGUACGAUUUAAUUCCUGAUAACGUUGAUGACUCGCUGGAUGCCUUUAAGCCGUCGAAGAAGAUCAGUGAAAGCGGCGACUCGGAGAGAACCAACGAUGAGAAAAUAGAGGAGGAGAGCAAAGAGAGCCCUCUGGUGGUGGAGAGGAAAGUGAGACAGGCGCCUAAGAAGAGCAAAGACAAGAUUAUAACGAACACAUGCAAAGUGAAGAAGUAUGAGAACACAUCAUUAGCGCUUGAAGUCUCCAAGCAGAUUGAGGAAGAACAGGAGGAGCCGGUACGUCACGCUACUGAUGAGGAGAAACUUGCAUCGACAUGCACAAUGCAGAAACACGAUAAAACAACGAAGACGUCGAAAACGGAAGAUGACCUAGUGAAGAAGGAUCAUUUUCCCGAGAAGGAGAUCUGCACACCUAGUGAGAGCUUGGAGAAGACCAGCCCCAACCUUGACUCCAUCGCGCUCAGUGAAAUAGACAAAGCUGCUGUUCUGACUCUCAUCAGAGAGGAGAUAAUCACAAAAGAGAUCGAGGCAAACGAGUGGAAGAGGAAAUACGAGGAGAGCAGAAUGGAGGUGCUGGAGAUGAGGAAAAUAGUGGCCGAGUAUGAGAAGACGGUAGCACAGAUGAUCGAAGAUGAGCAGAGGAAGAACAUGGGCUCUCAGAAGAGCGUCCAGCAGCUGAUAACGGAGCGGGAUCAGGCUCUGUCUGAUCUCAACUCAGUCGAACGCUCGCUCUCGGACCUGUUCCGGCGCUACGAGAACAUGAAGACCGUGCUGGAGGGAUUCAAGAAGAAUGAGGAGGUGCUGAAGAAGUGCGCUCAAGAAUAUUUGGCACGUGUCAAACAGGAGGAGCAGCGUUAUAACACACUGAAAAUCCACGCUGAGGAGAAACUUGACAAGGCAAAUGAAGAGAUCGCUCAGGUGCGAGCGAGGGCAAAUGCGGAGUGUGUGGCGUUGAACGCGAGCCUGAGGAAGGAGCAGAUGAAGGUGGAGUCUCUGGACAGAGCACUCGAACAAAAGAAUCAGGAAAUCGAGGAGCUCACAAAGAUCUGUGAUGAACUCAUCGCCAAACUUGGCACAACAAACUGAACACUGAGCACCCUGGGGUUUCAGCUUCGAGCUUAAGUCCUGACUGAGCUCCGCCUUCCUUCGCACUGCUCCGCCUCCAACCUAGUCCUGCAUGUCUGGAUGUUUCUAACAUCCAAAGCAUGGAAUUGCAACAUCAGCUCAAGUAAAGCACCUGUAAUAGAGACUUUUUAGAUUCAGAGACGCUAAUAUGGCGGUCUGCACGUAUCGUCAACGCUAGCUGCAGUUUCUACACGAGUCAUGAAUCUGAAUGUGUUUGCGCUUUGUGACGGCUCUGCUUUUGGAUGCAGUGUAUUUCAUCCAUGAGGCGAAUGUGUGUGUGUGUGUGUGUUUGUGGGUAUCGUCCAUUCGUGUGUGUGUGUGUGUGUGAGAGAGAUCCUUUCCUUAUAGUACCUGCACUUUGUAAUGUGUGUAUGUGAGAGAGAGAGAGAGAGAGAGAGAGAGAGAGAGAGGAUGACUGUAUUUUCCAGACUAUAAGACCUUUUUGUUUUUCCACCCAAUCCCAUCUUUUGGCAUCAAAAUCAGAGUUGUCAUGGCAACCAAAAGUACAGAUCAUGCCAACAGAAAUAUUAUUACACAUAACUGCUAGGAGAUAACUGAUGCUAACCAAGGUCCAGUGCUAAGAUUUAUGAGCAAUAAAAACACAAUAGGGCAUGCUCUCAUAGGAAAAUAAUCAGUGACAGGGUAGUUGUGAUGAAUCAGAGAUGAAUCAGAGUUACUGUUACCACCAUGAAGUGUUUUAUUAUUCUUAUACUGCAGUUUGCCAACACUAACAAUGUUUUCUCUGUUGAAGAACGACAUGGCGUACUUUUGUCCAUUUUUUGUUACAUUUAGUGUUGUGAAAUGGCCAUGAAACUUCACCAGUUGCAUUAUAGCAGCUAUGAACAGCCGUUUCCUCCCCGACCUUUCUUUGUUUCUCUCAUAAAGUUCUAGUAAGUUGAUGGGAAUUGGCAAAACAGAGUGAAAAAAGUUCCUCGGAAAUUUUAUUUACAUAUUAUAGCCUAUAUAGCAUUGUGUUAGCAGUAAGAGUUGGACAAACAAAAGCUUUUUCAGCAAGUCUUAUACUCUGGAAAAUAUGGUAGGCAAAUAUCUGUGCUGUGUGUGUGUGUUUAAUAAAAGUGUCCCUCGCUCUACAACACCAGUGCCAGUGCAGUCCCAUAAUGCACACAUUUUAUUGUAAAUAAGAAUUUAUUACAUGUUUAUUUUGUAUGAUUAUAAAGAUUAAUGGUUCGGUUAAUUUGUGCGAAAAUGAGAAAAUCUUGCUAACAAGUUUAUGCGUGUAGCGUUUCUUAGCGUCAGUGUUCACACACUGGGAUUUGUGUUCCAGAAUUUAACCUUUUAAUAGAUUAUUUACGUUACAUUUAGUACUGCACUAAUCCUAUAGUUAGGACUUGUAUUACGUCUGAAACGUUUCUGCUUCAGCAAAGACGGAGCUUAGAGUUAAUUGGAUUCACACUGGCGCUAACCUUUCUUUUCACUGCUAAUGGUUUAGCACAAAAUACACAAUAUAAUAUUUCCUAACUCAGCACUGUGCUAGUAUUAUCUAGCUACUCUGGGAAAUAUUAACAUUACUGCUCUACAGAUAGCUAUGUCAUGUUACAUAGCUAGCCACUAGCUUAACGAACAAAUUAGCUAUUGAUCAUAUUGUGUCAUUAAAACAGGUAGCUAAGUUUGCUAGCCAGCAAGACAACCUGAGGUAAAAUAUUUUAUUGCGUAAUUAAAACCACUACAUCGAUAUGGAAGUUAAAAGAGAGGUUAGUCGUGGCUAAUGUAAUUAAAUGUAACUUAAGCUCUGCCCUUAUUGAUUCAGUGAUGUGUCAAACAAAACAAUGGCAUUGCUAGUUACGUUAGAAUUAAUCAGGUGUGACGCACAAAGAAAUCAAAAUGAACUGAAAGUGAUUAAACUUGAUCUUUUAUUCAAUCUUCUUUUUAUGAAGGUAGAAAAAAACCCUUUAAUUCUUAUGAUUUUUCAAAGCAUUUCGCUAAUUCCACUUUAAGCACUUCAGAAAUCAAGAGGAACCGUUUCUUAAAUGGCGAAUGGACUUGAGGCUUUUUUUUUUUCAGCAAUUUAGCACCUUUUCAUUGCUUGGAAACUCUGAUCCGUGUUUGUGUUUCUCAGUGUUUCAGUACUGGUUUUGACCUGCCCUUGUUGACUUCGCUUAAAUUCAGGAGAUGAGCGUUAGCAUUGUAGAUUUCAGGAAUUUAUCCAGAAAGCAUUGCUGUGGUAUGAUUUUGAAAAUUAUCGGAUUAGUUGUUCAGUCAGGUUUUACUGAUCUGUACAUGACAGCUGAUGAAACUGUGGUACUUUAUGCUAAUAGCUAAUUAGCACAUGAGAUCAUUAGCAUGCUAGGUAUUUAUUUGGCUAGUUAGGCAGUUGGGACAGAGUUUAAAGAAUAAAUCUGUACAAAUUGCAGGGAAAUUGUAAAUAUCUUCAUCAUACUACUGUAUUUUGUAAUUUAUUACGUAAAAAACCAGCUGAUUAGCGUUCUAGUGGCCUAGCAAGGCCAUGUCUAAGUGUAACUCUGAGAAAACGUUCUUCAAUUACAUUCUUCUCACUAUUGUUGUAUCAGGUGUAUUGGACACUCGUGUCUUGGCUUGUGUGUGAACAAAUUUUAUGGCACAAAUAACGAAUGUGUUCCAUUCGUAUCUCCAGAGACACUCGUGUGAUGUGAGGGAAAGUCAACAAGGGUGUGUUGAUAAAGGUAUUGGAACGCUUCACCUUUGUGAAGGAACAAAAUAUUUUUAUAUAAAUCCUGUUCGACUGACAAUCCGUCUCUGAUUAUGUGCCUGUUGCCAAAGUGAUGCCAGGCAAGCUGCCAGUGUCGUAUCCCACAAUCCCCUGCGUGUCAUAUGCAAUAGCUGCCAAAAUGUGUGCGUGAAGCAGGCGUGCUGAUAUACGGCUUUGGUUUUUUUGUUUACACUGCAAAACGUAGUCGCAUUCAGGAUGGCUUUGAUAAAGAAGUGUCCUUCUCUGAGAGUUGAUCCCAUCGUUCUGUGCAUCGCACGAGUUGUACAUGAAAGCACGGAAAAUGUGGUGGACGCUCCUUCCUUUCUUCCUUCCUCUUCCUGUUGCCUCUCUUUCUUUCUUCAGUUCAUCAUAAUGAAAUCAUAACAGUGUGCUAAAGAGUGACUGGGAGUUUAGUGAUGAUGAUGAUGAUGAUGAUGAUGUGAAGAUUUAUAUGUGCAUAUGCUUAUAGCGCUGAAUUCUGGCUGUGUGUGUGUGUGUGUGUGUGUGUGUGUGUGUGUGUGUGUGUGUGUGUGUGUGUAUUCAUGUUCUUCAUGUUUGUACAGUGUGAGAGAGAGCUGCACAGAAAUCAUGUUUACUAAUAUAUACAUUCUCUAUUAUAUUCUAUAUUUUGUGCAUAAAGUGUUGCCUGAAUUAAAGGUAUUCAAACAUA